AUGGUCCACCUGUUCGCCUCCGAAGUCCGGCAGCUGCUCCACAACAAGUUCGUGGUCGUACUGGGGGAUUCCAUCCAGAGGACUGUGUACAAGGACCUGGUGCUUCUACUGCAGAAGGACUCUCUGCUCACCUACCAUCAGCUCAAGGAAAAGUACAUGGAGGACAUCUUAGAAGAGUUGCGGACAGACAGCUAUACCCCUGAUGUGCUCAUCAUGAACUCCUGCCUGUGGGACCUCUCCAGAUAUGGUAAGAACCCCUGGAAGAGCUACCGGCAGAACCUGGAAAGCCUGUUCCAGCGCCUGGAUGAGACACUCCCGGAGUCAUGCCUCCGGGUGUGGAACACGGCCAUGCCCUUGGGCCAGCAUAUCACUGGGAGUUUCCUCCCUCGAGACCAGCCCCUGUGCACAGCCUCCCUGCACAAGGACGUGGUGGAAGCCAACUUCUACAGCUUUACCGCGGCACAUAGACACCGCUUUGAUGUCCUAGACCUGCAUUUCCACUUCCGCCACUCGCAGCAGUUCCGGCAGAUAGACGGGGUGCAUUGGAACGAAUUUGCACACCGACACCUCUCCCAGCUCCUGCUCGCCCAUGUAGCUGACGCCUGGGAAGUGGAGCUGCCCAAUCGAAGGCCCGGGUACCAGUGGAAUAAACGCAUAAGGGGGCGAAAUGGCAAGGCUGCUGAGAGGCAGCCCCAUGCUAGCAGUUGCCUGGAAUGUGUUCGCUUCCUACCCCCUGGUUCUUAUAUAUCUAACACUUCCAUUCUCACCUUCCACGUCACCUCUUGA